GCCCUGGCUUUGUAACUCCCCAUCAAGCCACAGCAUCAUUGCGACUGACCAAAUUCGCAUCUAAUCCCGAUGGACGUUUUUAUGGAAAACGUCCCUUCCCACGUCCGCAGCGCCCAAAUCAAGAUCGAGGUUGCUCGUGCCAUACACAAACCAGAAUAUCUCAUGGAUUCGGCGGCACCUUUCAACUUGGAAGUGACCAUCUUUCAACGGGCACGAAGGAAUGGAACGAAGUGCGGGGUAGUGACCUUUCCGUAUGAAACCGUGGCUCGUCAAUUCCUGCGCGAGUAUGGUCUGCCAUCCCCCAUAUCAUCAAUCUUUGUCGGAGGCCGACUCUUAUUCAAGAGUAGCAAUAAACCUCCUCGUACGCACAUUGUCGAAGAAAUCCGCCGAACUCCUUACCUGGAUCCGAGAGUAGCUGAGGAACGUGAGGCUCAGACUACCGAGCUCAAUGCCAAGAGGGUUGGGAUCAACGGCAUCCAGUUUGGAUGGGAGUGCAGAGAUAACGUUUUUUCCGUCGAAUGGGAGAAAGAAUGCACAAACCGCGGCACGUUGACUUACGAUCACGAUCGUAGGGAAUUCCGAGUCCAAGUCGACGACAGUGACUGCAUGCGGAUUGUGGCCAUUCGUGCCGCACAAAUUGUUUGGGCCAGCGCCGGCGAAGAUGACCAGGGCAAGCACGUCUUAUGUCUAUCGCUAGGUCACCCCCCUGUCUUCGAAACAGAUGUAUCAUCCACAGGAGAAAUGGAAGAGCUUGUCGCUCUAUUUGCGGCUCUUAGAGUGAAAACGAAGCGCAAGAGACAUUCUUGCAUGCACCCUUCACAUGCUGCUUCAGCCCCCUACACAUCCACUGCUCUUCGACUGAUCUGUCGAAACGCGGCCGAUUUACGCAGUUUCCGAUCAUUAUGCAACGCGGCCCAUGUCAAGCUGGACAACCAGGUCUGUCCUGUGCAGUCCCGUGGACUUUUCAGUGAAGAAAUCCAGAGGAACUUUACACAGUGGCUGUCCAGGUUGAGCUGGAGAGUUGCUUUUCAGAUCGAGGCACUUGCCAGAAACCUACUGGCAGAUGUGACAGAGCUUCUCGAUCUUCGUGGACGUAUCGAACGAAUGGUUUCGGAUAAGGGGGAACCUUAUGCGAUAGCUUUCCUGCGAUACUUCGCUACUGAAGCAAAGGCGUGGCUUUGGUAUGAUGAGGACGAGCACAACGAUGUGGCGUCCAUGGAGGCUUUUUUCACCCAUUGUGCUAACAACUUUGUUUUUUCUUCAAAUACCAGAUUGCAGAGUGGGGUUGAUCCGGAGAACCUAUUUGACUGUCUCCACGUUACGAUAACGCCUUCGAGUCUCCACCUAGAUGGCCCAUUCCCGGAGAGGUCAAAUCGAGUCAUGCGUUCUUACCCCAGCAACCACGAUUCUUUUCUUCGGGUCAGUUUCGUCGACGAGAGCAACCUCCAAUUCCGUGUCGAUCGUGAGGUUGAUGGGAGAGAUUUCAUCAGGAGGAGAUUUGGGAACAUUUUGCUCGAGGGACUGAACAUUGGAGGACGUCAUUUCAGUUUUUUGGCAUACAGCCAGUCCGCAUUAAAAGAACACGCUGUCUGGUUUGUCAAGGAAUUCAGGACUCCAGACGGCAGGAUGAUCAAUGCUGCUUCCAUCAUUGCCAGCCUAGGAGAUUUCAGCCAACCCGACCCCCAACUAGUGUUCUGCCCCGCCAGAUAUGCGGCAAGGAUUUCACAAGCUUUCACUGCAACGGAUGCCUCAGCGUCAGCCGAGGUUGAUGAGAUAUUCCCUGUGGAUGAUGUGUACGAUGAUACCGGAAGAUGGUGUUUUACAGAUGGUGUUGGAACCAUUUCUGCAGAAUUGGCGAGGGCGAUAUGGAAGGAGCUUCGCGACAAGCGCCGGAGAGCAAAACGCGCUUCUACAUAUCCACGAGCCUUUCAAAUUAGGUUUCAGGGAUCCAAAGGCAUGCUCAGUGUUGACUAUCGCCUAACGGGAAGAGCUAUCUGUUUAAGACCUUCGAUGAUCAAGUUCAAUGCUCCGGACUCUAGAGUCAUCGAGAUUGCCAGAGCUUUCGACAAACCGGGUCCAUUCUAUCUGAACCGACCUCUCAUUAUGAUCCUUGAGGAAUUGGGUGUACCAUACGAAACAUUCAAGGACUUACAGGAGGCCGCAGUCUCGGAAGCACAAGAAUCCGUCCAGUCCCUUGGACGCGCUGGAAAACUGCUUGAAACAUAUGGCCUUGGGAAUUCGUUCAAAAUGACUUCCGUUAUGCUGAGCUUAGAAAAAUUAGGCGUUCAACCUCCCAUGAAUGAUGAGUUCUUUCAGCGCAUGAUGGAUUUCUCUGUCAAUCAUGUCCUGCGAGAACUCAAGCAUCAUGCUCGGAUUCCGGUGAAGGAUGCAUGGAACCUGGUCGGUGUGGCAGACGUGCAUGGAUUCCUCGAGGAAGGUGAGGUAUUCAUCCACGUCGUGCCCACCAACGGUCAAGCCCCUUUCUACUUUGAAGGUCGUACUCUGGUGACUCGCUCUCCCACGAUUCACCCCGGUGACGUGCAGAUAGCCCGUGCAAUUGGAAGACCUCCUCCAGGAUCUCCUUUUGAGAGGGAAACACUACGCAACUGUGUCGUCUUUUCUAUCAAAGGCAAUAGACCACUCCCAACUUGCCUCGGGGGUGGCGAUCUUGAUGGCGAUAUUUACUGCUGCACAAUGCUUGAGUCUUUGAUGCCCACAAGAACGUACGCACCUGCACAGUAUUCCCCCGCCGAGAAGGUGUUACUGGAUCGUCCAAGUACCAUGGAGGACGUUGCGAACUUCGUGACCGAAUACAUCUACAGUGACAGCCUCGGCUUAAUCGCGAUGCAGUGGCUGAUCAUUGCAGACCAGAGCUCGCUUGGACCACGCGACCCUGACUGUUUACUGCUUUCUGAUCUGCAUAGUAAUGCCGUAGAUUAUCCAAAGAGCGGACGGCCAGUCCCGGUGGACAAAAUUCCGAAGCUGAAACAUCGGGUGCGUCCUGAUUGGAAUGCACCGGAAACACUAGUGGAGGGUUCAAAACUGGCUGAGAAGUUCUACGAGAGUUCGAGAGCGAUCGGUCGGUUGUUUCGAGCAAUCGACUUACCGGCUUCACAAACCGUGCAAACAGCCCAAAGGGCGCAGCGGCGACGUCUCCGGGAAGGAUCUGCUUCCUUGCAAGACAUACUCGAAGGAUUCCAUGCUGCGGAACCCGUCGAAGAUGAUGAGGUCUCAUUGGCGGUAUAUGAACGAGUUACGCAGUUUAUCGCAGUCGGGAGGCACCCUGACGAUAUCAUUGUUGAGCUUUGGGAGCUCUUCGAACAGUAUGCGUCCCAGCUUCGAACUAUUUGUGCAGACCAUACCGUCUCUAAUUCGCGCGACGCCAUGCUUACGGAGGAAGAGGCGGUGGUUGGGACAAUCGUUGCCAAAAGCUCUCAACCAAGAAAACGCAAGGACAACAUGUCAAAGAUGCGUGAACGUACUGCUCCCCUCGUCCAAGGUGUGGGACAGCAAAUCGAAGGAGAUGAAGGAAUACUCCUAGAAAGGUCACUGGAGAGAGCUUGGGUAGCGUUUCGUAUUGCCAACUUGGAGCAAGAUUCGUUUGGAGCAAAGAGCUUUGGUUGGAUCGCACUGGGUGAAAUUUUCGACGCUAUCAAGAAGAUUGAGGAAUCGGAAGGAUAUUUCUGAAAGACUUCGGAUAUGAUUGUACCAAAUGUAUAUUAUACCAUGACCAAAGACUGAUAUGAACUAGGUGACAACUGGAACCGUGUAAGAUAAAAUCACGACUUCGCCCUCCGUUUCUUCUCUUUCUCUAUAACUCGUUUCUUUUCUUCGAGGUUUUGUCGCUACGAAAAAUAAUGAGAGAUGCACAAUCACA